UUUUUGUACAUUACCAUAUGUAGGUAGGUAGGUUGGUCUGUCUGUCCCUCCGUCCAUCUGUCCCAAGGGGAAAUGAUGGGGCUUCUGUAGCAAGACACAUAAUUGCACAUAAACUUACAUAUACUAUCCAUAAAUAAAUGCUAGAAAUAAAAAUAGACAUGAGUUUGGCAGAAAUAUAAAAUAGACAUAAGUUAAAGUAUAAGAGAGCAGGUAUAAAAGUAUGUCUUUUUGCAUAUUUACAAAGCAUAUAAGACAGAUUUGCUGUAUUUACAUGAAAGCAAGUAUUUCACGAAGUAGUAUGGGGUAGUCUAAAAGCACAAUGAGUAUAGACAUAACUAGGAGUAGCAGCAGUAUUUGCAGGGUACAGUACACAAUGCGAGUUAUGCUAUAUUGCACAAUGUGUAUUAAAAAGAGAGGAGAUAUAGUGAUGUGAAUUUAGCACCGUUCAGGCAGGAGACCGUCUCUGCAGUAACGAGACUUGUACUUUUCCAAACUACUACAUUCCAGUCACAUUUUAAAGCAUAUACUCAUAGACUGUGAUGAAUAUAAACAGAUAAAAAUACCAUAUCAACCAUUUACAUAUUACUGCAAGCUGAUGACUCAUGAAUGAUUUUCCGCUUCUUGGAAAUUGAAACCUAAAGGUGCACAUAGGUGUGGUGUGGCCUUUUUAAAGGGGCGGAGAGCCAGAUAUCAUGACUGUAGAGAUCAACGGACUGUCUACAUUCGGUUCUUCAUUAUUGUGAGGACUAAAAGAUUCCCUUGUUGUCAUUUGGAAAUACAAGUUCAUUCAAAUCAGCAAAUGCAAAAUAACAACGCCAGAAGGAGGAAACCCCCAACAAGUUACAUUAGAAAUCGUGAAAAUAACAGAGAAAGCUUGAAAACAUGUGGUAUGUUGCUAAUCCAAACAAUGAUGACGAGAAUUGCAAGAGAAGGACAAGGAAGCAAGAGACUCUGUAUGUACAUGGGCGAGAUGCUUCACAGCAUUUUCUUCCUGGGAUACAUUCAUCAAGACCGCUUGACUCCUGAUGACUUUUUCGAAAUUUGCACCUCCCAGCAAGACAUGUGUAACAUGUUUCCCGAGCCAUUUAGGAAGUACAACAGUCACCUGCCAACUCGCACACCCUUUUCUAUUCUGCUUGACAUGAUGGAGAUACUGUAUUCCACUAAAAGACUCAAAGAGGAACUUCUGCACCUGCUAAAGGAAAUGAAAUUCCCAAACCCUCUUCACAAACCAGGCAGUAAACAAGAGCAGUAUUACACAUUAGAGUCAACAGUAAUCUGUGAGUGUUCAGACUCAGACUCACAGAAAUAUUAUGGAGCGUCUCUUUGCUGCAGGAAAGGAGCUGCGAAGGUAAUUCUGAUUGAUCUGUCGUGUCUCAAAACAUGGCACAAGUUUAUCUCUCACGCUGUCAUGUCAUUUUCUUCUGGAGCUGGUGACAGUAUAAUGUUCCCAGAGUCACUGAGAUGCCAAGCAUAUGUAAGAAAUUGGAAAACAAAUGUUUAUGAAGAAAGAAAGCCAUGUUUGAACUGUAGAGAUUUGUUUAAUCUACAAGAUGCCAACCCAGAUAAAGUAGAGUAUCCCUUUGGUAACUGUGCUGAGACAGAGUGUCUGAGCAAACUGCUUAUUAAUAAUCAAUACAUGCGUGAGAAUGCAGUGAUUAACAAUCACACAGAGGAAAAUUUAGAGGAACUCAGAAGUUCAACAGAGGCACGCUUGAUAAAGCAGCUUGUCAAGGUUGGCAUUGAAGUUAGUGAUAAUAACUUACUCUUCUAUGCUCCAUUCCAAAUCCAAACAGGAGAUUGAAGUGUUUUAUCUUCUGUUUUAGUGUUUCCAAUAUCAGUACAUGGAAUAUUACAUGGAAAAAAGCUGUCCUGGUAAAUGCCAUUUACCAAUGCAAAUUGAUAAAUAACUGCAUCAUCAGUACUAAUCGAAAGAAUGUGAUCAUGCAGUAAUCUGCUCUUCAUGUUUAUAACACUUUAAAGACUUAAGUAUCAUUGUGUUUCUUGCACUACUAUAAACUGUGGCAUUAUACUAAACAUACCAAUUGUCUGUAUUGCUCAUUAGCUUUUUCCAAGAUGUUGCUUAAAUUAAGCACAUCCAUGGUUCAGUAUAG